AUGAUAAGGAGCGUUUACCCAGGACGUGUGCUAUAUUCCACGGUAACGGCCAACAGUUUGAUGCAGAAGCUCGAUGAGUUUCGCACAUCGGAACAAAACCCUGUAAACCACGACCGCACUGCUUUGAGCCGAUUCUACACCGUGCCAGUGGAAGUAUACCGACAAAUAUUUGCCCAUCGUGGCGUACCGAAGAACUUCGAGAAGCAGGUUAAAACUUUUAACGAGUGUUGCCUCAUGGUUCGGCAGCCGGCGGUGGAAAUAAUGGAGCACCUGCAGCGAAACGAUUUCGAUCGUCCGGUAAACCGAUUCGUGCUGUACGGAGAGGAUGGUGCUGGAAAGUCACUCACGCUGACCCACUUGUUGCACUACGGUUAUCAACAGCAAUAUGUCCUGGUGCACGUUCCUUGGGUGCCAAACUGGAUGAGAAGAGGUCUAGGAACGGACAACGUAAGGACGAUCGAUGGUGCAACGGAUUUGCCAUUGGUUGGAGCCGCUUGGUUGGUGCAUUUCAAGCGCCAAAAUGGGCCACUUCUGAACCGACUCGGUCUCACAGUGAGCAGCGAUUACGUUUGGUCUAAGCGUGAAACGACUCCGGCCGGUUCAUCGCUUGUUGGCCUCGUCGAGCACGGGAUUCGUCGGGCAAAAUUUGCCAGCGACAUUAUCGCAGCCCUCCUGCACGAGCUCAAGCUACACUCUUGCUCGGGCCAGGUGAAAACCAUGGUAAUGAUUGAUGGUUUCAAUGCAUUUUUCCAUCCGGACACACGCAUCCCGUUUGCAAAUCCCUUCUUGGACAUCACGCGCAACGAUUGGACCAACGGUGUGUGUGUGCUGACGGUCGAUCGCCUUGCGCAAAUCGAACACUGGACGUCAUCCUGUCUGCCAAAGAGUUUGCUGCAUCGCGAGGGCUUCGAGCAUCUCGACCCGUUUGUGCCAAUCCGUGUGGAUUCCUACAACGAAGCUGAAUACGAGAGCUGCAUACAAUACUAUCUUGAUCGCAAGUGGAUCCAGGAGCACAAACCAGGAUUCAACGAGGAGCUAAAACUGCUGAGCUGCCGGAACCCGUUUCAACUGAUGCGCCUAUGCUCGUCACUGUAA